ACAUUAUGGCAAAUCGUCAGGAGCUGCACAGUCACCGUCGUGGCAUGCACUUGGGUGUCACUCCACCUCAAUAUUCCUCAUCCUCACGAGUCCUGGUAUCAUGGGCCGUUACGGCAAGUGGGAAUAGUGAUCAUGGCUAUCAUCGCCCCAGAACUGGUAAUCGCAUGGGCGUUGAGGCAGUGGCUUGUUACACUCCGUCCUCAACCGUCAUACUCACCAGACUCUUUCGCAGAAUGGACCAAAACCCAUUACUUUUUUGGGAUUAUGGGCGGAUAUAUGUUCUACAAGGAUGACGAUGAAAAUACUCCCAGGGUAUUAGAUGUUCAGGAUAAGGAACGACUUCAAUUGAUAUUCAAAUGCCCCACGUUCACUGGACUUACGGAGGCGGACAUUACAGACCGAGGGAAGAGGAAUUCCUUGGAGAAGGCGCCGGCUGUCAUCCAAGGCCUCUGGUUUAUUCUCCAGCUCUUGGCACGUACGGCGCAAAAUCUAGCACUGACUGAGCUGGAGCUCGCGACGCUUGGGUUCGCCCUGCUGAACUCCGUGACGUAUUUCUUGUGGUGGAACAAGCCUCACGGAGCCCAGCGCCCUUGUGUCCUUCGCAAGGAGCAAUAUUGGGGAAGGGUUUCGAAGACUGAUAUCAUCCAGGAAUUCUCGCGACUAUUACUGUCAGGCCCGUGCAGGAAAGCCAAAAAAGCACAUUCGAAGACCACUCCUAGUUCAAGCAGCUGUUCUCUCCCUCGCGAAGUGUGGCGAAAACUGGCUGCAGGAUUCACAAUUGUUAUACACGCAACUCUAACUCCAUUUCUAGAAAUGGUAAAGCCUCAGCCAAUGACUACUAAGGCUGAAUGUGUGCCGACAUUCCACGCGGGGAAGCUAGACUUGGCUGAUGAAGGCAUAACAUAUUGUGUGACUGCUGCCAUUUCCAUGAUCUUCGGUGCUGUCCAUCUGGCGGGGUGGAAUUUUUACUUCCCGUCUCGCAUAGAGCAGAUACUCUGGAGAAGUUGCUCAUUCGCGAUAACAUGCCUACCAUGUGCCGUGUGGAUUUGGUGGGCUACGCGGCACUUGCUAGGACACUCCAAAGGCAAGAACGAAAACGCAGGUGUAAUUGAGGUGACAUUUAUGACAUUGCUCACCUUUCUGUAUAUUUCAGCCCGAAUUGCUCUUCUUGCCGUUGCGUUCACUUCUUUGCGAUGUCUUUCCCCGGGUGCAUACAGGGCGGUCUCAUGGACUAACUAUAUACCACAUGUAUAA